AUGGCCCCAACGCGCCCUCUUCCACGGAUUCGCAAGGAGCCUCCGAAGAAAGGGAACCAAGUCACCAAUUGUCUUAAUAUGCCACCCUUCAAGGAUGAGCAUGUCCUGCUCUUUGCGCCGGGUUCUCAAAUGACCCUAGCGCAACUUGGCCUGCCCGAAACAUUCACGCCCGCGCGCUUUCGCUUCCCCACGCGCAUGUUCCCCGGUGAAAAGAAGGGUGAAUUUGAGCCAUACAAGGUCCGCGAACGGAAACGUGAAGUCAAAGUCAGCAAUGAUGCCAAUGCGCCAAAGGCCCCGGAGGUAGAAUUGAAGAAUGGCGAGGAUGCUGCUGCUGCCCCUCAGAAUGGCUCAAAUGGCACUGAGGAAGCAGAGAAACCUGUCGAGCAAAUUUAUUUUGAGGAGGAUGUUUCGUCUGAAGAAGGCGCUGUUUACCCAAUUCGUGACGGGCGCAUUGUCGAUUGGCCCUGUUUCUUCGCUCUGUUGACCCAUAUAUACAACUCCCUCAGCCCACCAUUCCACACCCCCAUCCUGAUGGUUUGCCAGCCGGUUUGGUCAGCGCGUGAUCGGGAGGCUAUCACCCAGUUUGUCUUUGAGAAAUUCAAGGUUCCAGGCUUCAGCUUGAUGGAUGCGGCCCUUGCUGCAUGCUACGGGUUUGGUGUGCAGACUGCAACUGUCGUUGACGUUGGUAAGAGCAAGGUCGAUGUCACUGCCGUCACAGAUUUUGCCGUCAAUGAGCAUGGCCGAGGCAUUGCAUUGGAGGAUUGUGGUGGUGAUGCCAUGACCGAUCGACUUGUUGAGCUGCUUGGCCCGAAGGGAUUUACUCGAGAGAUGUGUGAACAACUUAAGCGGAGCAAUAUUGCCGAGAUUCUUCCCCCUGGAGCUAUAGUUCCAGGAUCCGCAGCCACUGCUCGCCAGGGCGUCAACCCCGCCGCUGCUGCCUCGACCGGUGGAGCCAAUGGAUCCGAUACCGCCGUUCCUCGUGGCCCUGGCCUAGGAACACAAACCGGCAGCGAUAACAACGGCGACGAAGAUGAGGGCGUCUUGGAUGUCGCGGCUAUCGUCAGCGGAGACACUAACGAGUAUUUAGCCAACAUGGAGAAGGAAAAGGCAAGCAACAAGAAAGCGGGUAUGGACCCCAAGCAGCCUCGUCUUCCCAACUCCAAGAAGGAGAAGGCCACCUUCCAGUUUGAAGAAUUUGUUCAGAUGGAGGGUGAGAACAGCUCUCAGCGCUACAUUCGCAACUCUCGCGAAAUUGAACUUGGCGUUGAACGCUUCCUCUUGGCCACUCCUCGACAGAACGUUGGAGACCGUCUGAGCAACGGGAUCUUGGAGGACAUUGCUACCCAGAUUCAUCAUACCAUCUUGGCUGUUCCCGAUGCCACUAAGCGCAGCGAGUUGUGGGAUUCCCUUGUCAUUGUAGGAUGCGGUAGUAAAGUUCGAGGUUUCACUCAGGCUCUUCUUGGCGUCAUUAACAAAAAAUUCAUCCUCUCCCCAUCCGCCACUAUUUUCACCUCCGAAAUCCCUUCUACUUUCACCACUCCCCACCCGACCGGCGGCACGAACACACCGGCUCCCAUGGGCAUGCCCACGCCUAUGUACCACCCCGCGGCACCUGGUGUGAGCCAACUCCUGGUCAACGCUACUCACAACCAGCACGGCAUGCCUAUCCCGGGAACACCUGGCAUGGACCCUAACAUGCCCACUCACCACCGUUCGACUGGUCACUCUCAGACCCCAACUUCGGUCAAGACCCUGCGACUUCCAGAGUACUUCUCCGAUUUCAAGGAUCAGGGUAACACCAACGCUCCUGGAGCCAGUACAGGCCCCAGUGCCAUUGCCGGUGGACAUGGUCCCGAGGAGGCUGGCUUCUUGGGAGCCCAAAUGGGAGCUAAAGUUUUCUUCGUGCUUGACCAGGGUCUUUCCAAGGGCUUCAUGACCCGUGUUGAGUACAACGAGAGCGGACCAUCGGCCAUCCACGAGUAUGUUAUGUAA